ACUGUUAGGUGUAGAAUGGAGGAUCUUUUUAGUCGAAAGAACAUCUGAGGUACUGUAAAGUCUCUGCAAUUUAUCGUGUUAGAUUUGGUGAGAGAUUACAAGGCUGUCAAUAUUAGGCUUCUCCAAACAUGUAGGAUCCACUAUCUUAAAGCUAAAGGACCGCCCUCGCCCCUCCCCCACAAGCCCACAAAACCCAAAAUUCUGCACUGUUCCCUCAUGUUUCCAUGAAAAGCCAAUGUUAUAAAGGAGUGCAUAAAGAAUCAAUAGAAAACAGAACUACUUCAAUCAGAAUUUCAUCCUAUGACUUCCAAUGUUUUUUACUUCUGCUUCUUAAAGUAAGCCUCCCUCCAGAAUAUUUUGACACCUUUGUAUAUGUUGCCAAGCUGCUUUCUAUGAACCAAUUUGAUCGGUACUUCUGAAGAUAUUAAUACAUACAUACCCUCUCGAACUAUAAUUUCUUCUAACUCAAAAUUUCUUUAACUUUUCGGAAGAAAAGACAUUUGCUUCCAUGGCAGCCGAUGAUAAUACAUCUGGGCUUCGUGUUGCAUCAUUUUCUUGUUACCUCAGCAACCCUGAGGAGAGCUUCGUACACAAACUUAAUGGGGGUGCAGUUGAACCUGCUUUUAUUUCAACCCCUGAGACCCCAUCUUCUGUAACUAAAGUAAAAUCUGCUGCUAAGGCAGCUACUGCAAAGCCACCCUCAAACAGCACCAAAGAUAACCUUGCGAAUCUUCGCGUGGAGUCUUUAUCUUCUUAUCUCAAAACUGGGGAAGACAACGUCGUGUUUAAGGCUUCAGGAGCUACAGUUCAAGAUCCCACUAUUGCUUUUGUAUUUCCUCAACAGGCUUCGUUUCGUAACACAAAGCAACUGGAACAAAGCAAGUCCAAAGAUGGGGAGAUUAGCAUAUUUGGUGCUGACAAGUACUUCAACAUGCAACUGGAUUAUGGAGCUGCCCCUCCAGCUGGGGUGAAGUAUACGGGGAAACUAAACAAAGGGACGAUAGAUCUGCCCCAUCUGAAACACAAUUCCCAGUCAGGAACUCCGAGCAAUUGGUCUGAGUCAAGCAGCUGGAAUAGCCAAAAUGCACUGUUACGAAAUAUUCCGCGAAAUGUUUAUCAGACAAAGCAGAAGAAGAUGACAAGAAUGGGAUGUUUGCCCACUUUUGGAUGCCAACCUUGUUUGGACAAGAAAGCAGUCUUUGUGGAUGAAAGCAUUGAAGAACGCAGAAAGUCAUUGGAAGUGUUUGGCUCUGGCAAAAUGGGAAAAGGAGAUGUAGCAGUGAACUUAGAGAGGAAACUCUCCAUGUUAACUUGGGAUGCCAUACCUAAAGCCCAAAACCUCCCUACAACCACCAAUGGAAGAAGUAGCACGGUCUGUGAUGACAUGGCUAGCGAUGCUAGCUCAGAUUUAUUCGAAAUUGAGAAUAUAUCCAGCAGUGGAUAUGGACUUGUGAAUGCACAAACAUCAGGUGAUUAUAUGUCUAGCAGCUGCAUGUCUCCAACAACUUUGUAUGCACCAAGCGAGGCCAGCAUUGAGUGGAGCGUUGUCACUGCCAGUGCAGCUGAUUACUCGUCAGUUAUCUCAGACUAUGAUGAGAAGAACUUUGGGAUUAGUGGUUACACAAGUUCAAGAAACGCAGCCAAUAGAACCACCAAAACCAAGAAUCCAGUAGGUAAAGAGGUGCAGAAAACGCAGCCCAGUACUGGGCUUUUAGGUUGCAAGAGCCACAAAUCAGUAAAUGUGGCUGAAACUGUGCAUAGGACUUGUGAGAAAGCAAAACAAAGAUGAUUUUUCCUUUUAGUUCAGUAAAUUCGUGAGAAUAAUAUUUUUUCUUAUUAUGAAAGAGUGUAAAGCUUAAUGGUUUAGUUGGACCUGUACUUUGUACAAUCUUAGCUUAAUCACCAUCCUCUUGUCUUUAAUAAAAGAAAAUGUUCGUAUUAUUGUA